CCCCCUUGCUCGAUUCACGAGGGAAUCGAGUCGCGUGCAUCACCCACACAGAGAAAAGAGACACAGAGACACACAGAGAGAGAGAGCGAGCGAGCGAAGAGAUGCAAUGAACAAGGCAAGAGUCGACCGGUGUGGAGAACCAAUGAAGGUGACUGCUGAACUCUCCGCGUAAACAACAACAACAACAAAACUACCCGCCUGGACACUCCUGCAACCACUCCGGAUGAGAGACACAAAGUGAGACUGGCUAUUUACCCAAGAUCAGGGGGCCAGACCACCAGCAGAAGACGGCCUCCCCGGGAGGCAUUGUCCGGGCCACUGAUUUGUUUCAGCCGCUCAUCGGGUCCAGCCACAGAGCCCCCCCUGCCCCCCCCCCCCCCCCCGCCCAGCAGGGAGACCGCUGCUGCGACAAGACGUCAGGCAGCCAGCCCGCUAAGCUAAGCGUCGUCACGGCCAUUCGCUCGCCCGUCCUUGCGCGGUCAUUCUGUUCCUCCCGGCACGAAAAGCUGCGCACGCCGAUUCCCACAUCCCCGCCUCCUCUGAACGGCGUACCUCAAUAAUCCACCUCGAAAAAAAUCCAUCGAUCCCGACCGGCGGACCGUCCUUCAUCCCCGACGCGUUGAUGUUAUUUGCUUGGGUGGAUAUAUCCAAACGCCGCGCGCAUGCACGCGGGCUUCCCCCGAACGUCGAUUUCGGAACAUCUGAAACUUCACCGCGGGCGUCCCCGAAAUCCAUCGGCGAAUCAAAAAGACCCCACGCUUAAACGGGCCCCGCAUUCGACGCCUAUUUGAAGCUCAACAUUCCUACCCGAAAUAUAUCACAGAGAAUAUCGCAAGUAACAUCAGAGAUAAUAUCAUUAGAGGGAGCGACGCCCUCCAUAGUUACAUAAGUGUCCCACUGUGCUAAGCGUAAGCGCGACAAGUCGGUGACUACCCCGCCCCCCCCCCCCCCUCCCAACCGCCACUGGCACAAUCGACGCAGGCAGGCCCCUGAGGCCUUGGGCCCAGCAAAGUCGUCAACGGCCUGCAGCUCCUCGGCACUGAGAUAUCCCGAUUGUCGGGACACCACCACCGCCACCACCAUCGCCGCCAUCUGUCGCUAAACAAAAAAAAACGCGGCGUGGCUCCUUCAUGCCACGGGACCUCAGCAGGCCCCUCACAAGUAUCUCAAAAGCCUCCAGACGACAACGACGUCGUGAACUCUGGCGAACCGACCGGUCUUUUAGCCCCUCUCACCAGACUCUCAGGGCCUCAACUCGCCCCGGGCCAUAACAGCCUCUCGACCUCCAGCAUCUGGUCUUUCAGGAUCCCAGUUUUCUAGGCACGCACCUCCCCCCCCCCACCAAUCCCUCAAAUAACCUUUGGGGGCUCCAAAGCCGCAUUCGGCCAUUGGGCCUUGCACAACAACCUCAGGCCUCUACCUAUGCCUCCGAACCCAAUCGGCCUCUUGUAACUCAGCCCCACGCUUGCAGGGUGUCUAUAUCAUCCCCCCCCACCCCUCAUGCUGUAGUUUUUAAGACUUUGGGGGGCCCCCUCCUAUAGCAGCAUCUCGUUCCCUUGUCCACGAAACAUCCUUCAGGCCACCGGAUCCCCUCCCCCCCCCCCCCCCCCGGCUUUGGAGACCUCCUGGCACCGCUGAGGCUCUGUCCAGGCUUCGUCCCGCUCAUCCCCGCAGCGGGCGUGGGUGCGGAGGAUCGGUUGAGCGGGGAGAGGGAGAAAGAGGAGGAAGCAAGAGGAGGGGAGGAAGGAGAACAAGAGGAGAGGAGGAAGAGGAGGAGGAGGAAGCAAGAGGAGGAGGAGGAGGAGGGGGGCAAGGAGGAAGGGUCGCUGCGCGGCCUGGCCCCCGGCCCGGCGAUGCCGGAGCAAAGCAACGACUAUCGCGUGGUGGUGUUCGGCGCGGGCGGCGUGGGCAAGAGCUCGCUGGUGCUGCGCUUCGUCAGGGGCACGUUCCGCGAGGCCUACGUGCCCACCAUCGAGGACACCUACCGCCAGGUGAUCAGCUGCGACAAGAGUGUGUGCACGCUGCAGAUCACCGACACCACGGGCUCGCACCAGUUCCCCGCCAUGCAGCGGCUGGCGAUCUCGCGCGGCCACGCCUUCCUCCUCGUCUACUCGGUGACGAGCCGCCAGAGCCUCGAGGAGCUGCGGCCCAUCUACGACGUCAUCGUGCAGAUCAAAGGCGACAUCUCCGCCGUGCCCAUGAUGCUCGUGGCCAACAAGUGCGACGAGACGGCGCGCGAGGUGGCCGCCGGCGAGGGCGAGGCGCAGGCCAAGGCUUGGCGCUGCGCCUUCACCGAGACGUCGGCCAAGAUGGACUACAACGUCACCGAGGCCUUCCAGGAGCUGCUCAACCUGGAGAAGAGGCGGCACAUGAGCCUGCAGGUGGAUGGGAAAAAAGGUGGAAAGCAAUCUUCCCGGAAGCACUUCAAGGGCAAGUGCGUGGUCAUGUGAUGGAGGUCAUGCGAUGGAGGUCAUGUGGUGGAGGUCAUGCGAUGGAGGUCACGCGGUGGAGGUUAUGAGGUGGAGGUCAUGCGGUGGAGGUCAUGUGGUGGAGGAGAGGGCUGGGUGGGCGG